AUGGUGAGCAAGAGCAAGGGCAAGGUGAACGUGAAGGCUACAGAGGACGAGCAUAUGGACAUGGACCAACGUGAGCACGAGGAUACCGAGAACAUCAGCAUCAGCGCACACGGACGUACUCCAGCUUCUCGCAAGCAGGCCAGGGCCUCUGUCGCUCUCGCCUCUCAAGCCAACACUGGAGCCACUGCUCCCAAGUGCAAGGGUCGCCUGCCCAAGCUGGCACAGCGUGUGGAGAUGACAGAUGCAGGUGCUCACAAACUGAUCAUGUAUGCAGUUCGCACACCACCCAGUGGUCUACGCUCCUUUGCAACACCUGAGUUUGGCAAGAAGAAACCCACACCGCUCCGAAUGAAAAAAGCUGCAGACAACAGCAUCCCCGUCAUCGACUUAUCAUUCGAGUCCUCAUCUGAUGCUGAGAAUGCACUGGCUCUGAAGCAUGUUAAGGUGAAGUCGCAGCUUCAGAAGAAUAACGAGCGGCAUCACCGUAAGGGACAAGAGAAAGGCGAGGAGGUUCCCUCUCGAAUCGCGAAUUCACAUGAAGAUGUAAACUGA